AGCUUGGCUUCACACUCAAAAUUCAAUCUACUUUCAUCCAACUUCCAACUGCUCUCUCUCUCUCGCUCCCUCCCUCCCUCCCUCCCUCUCUCUCUCUCUCUCUCUCUCUCUCCUCCUCCUCCCUUUCUCUCUCUCUCUCCCCCUCCUCUCUCUCUCCCUCCCUCCUCCCUCCCUCUCUCUCUCCCCCCUCCUUCUCUCUCUCUCUCUCCCUCCCUCCCUCCUCCUCUCAUUCUCUCUCCCUCCCUCUCCAUAAAACAGCUUUGAUAUUCAGUUAGAUCAAAAAGUCAUUCUUUUUCUUGAGGCUUUAGAUGGAUCUUUGAUGAACUGAAAAACCCAUUCAGAAAAUUUGAUAUCCUUGGUUCUGAUUGUAUUUGUUGUGGGAUACAAUGUUUCAGGAUGAUGGAUCCUCAUCGGUGACUUCCUCGCCUUUCCAAAAUUCACCCUACAAUUUGAUGUCACCUGGUCUGGGAUCACCGUAUCCAUGGCUGAAAGAGCUUAAAUCUGAGGAUAGGGGUUUGUAUCUGAUCCACUUAUUGCUGACUUGUGCAACUCAUGUAGCCACUGGAAGCCUUGAAAAUGCUAAUUUAAUAUUUGACCAAAUUUCCCACCUUGCUUCUCCUGAUGGAGAUACGAUGCAGCGUAUUGCAUCAUACUUUACUGAGGCUCUUGCUAAUAGGAUACUAAAAGUCUGGCCUGGUCUUUACAAGGCUCUUCAUUCUACUGAUAUAUCGUUGUUUUCGGAAGAUAUUGUUGCACGGAAGAUGUUUUUCGAGUUCUUUCCUUUCUUGAAGGUGGCCUUUGUCAUCACAAAUCAAGCUAUAAUUGAAGCCAUGGAAGGAGAAAAGAUGGUUCAUAUUAUUGACCUAAAUGCGGCAGAAUCAAUGCAAUGGCGCGCACUUAUUCAAGAUUUGAGUGCACGACCAGAGGGCCCUCCGCAUUUGAGAAUAACCGGAGUACAUCCAGUAAAGGAAGUGUUGGACAAAAUGGCUUGUGUAUUAACCGAGGAAGCAGAGAAGUUAGAUAUCCCAUUUCAGUUCAAUCCUAUAGUUAGUAAGCUAGAGAAUCUUGAUAUCGAGAAGUUGCGUGUUAAAACCGGAGAGGCUCUAGCAAUUAGCUCAGCUCUUCAGUUACAUACAUUAUUAUCCCCUGCUGAUGAACCACAUCAGCGAACCCAUGUAACUCCAAUGAACUCAGAUGGAGUGCCCUUAGAUAAAACUUCACAAAUGAAGGAAGGUACUUUAGGUGAUUUUCUCCAAAAGGAUAUGAUUAAUGGACAUAGCCCUGGUACUGACUCGGAAUCUUCAUCACCACAGUCUUCUACUGCAGCAGUUCAAUUAGAUGGUUUUCUCAAUGCUUUGUGGGGGUUGUCACCCAAGAUCAUGGUUGUAUCAGAGCAAGAUUCCAAUCAUAAUGGAUCAAAUCUUAUGGAGAGGCUGUCAGAAUCUCUGUACUUUUAUGCUGCACUAUUUGACUGCUUAGAAUCUACACUUCCGAGGACAUCAACAGAGAGAUUGAAGCUAGAAAAGUUUCUUUUUGGAGAAGAAAUUAGAAACAUUAUAGCAUGUGAAGGUCGUGGAAGAAAGGAAAGACAUGAAAAGCUAGAAAGAUGGAUUCAAAGACUUGAGUUUGCAGGCUUCGGUAAGGUACCUUUGAGCUAUUACGGAAUGUUGCAGGCAAGAAGAUUGCUACAAAGUUAUAGCUGUGAUGGUUAUCGAAUCAAAGAAGAAAAUGGCUCAGUGGUGAUCUGCUGGCAAGAUAGACCACUUUUCUCAGUUUGUGCUUGGAGAUGUAAGAGGUGAAAUGGUCAGGUCUGCUAGUUUUAGUUCAUGAAGUUUAUCUAGUUCUUCUAGUUCCCGUUUUAUUUCAAUUAUUAUCUGUUGACAGUUCUCAUCUUUUUGAUUACUUCAAAUGUCAUGUCUUUUAGACAACAA